GCUGCAGGGCUUCGUGGUUGUUGCGUUUUGCGCUCAACUCCUACAACGCUUUCAGGCCCAACUUAAGGAUAUCCUUUUUCCAACUCGGAAAAUUCACCACGCUAAAAUAAAAUUCGACUACAUUUUCCAGUAGGAAAAACCUGUGUCCACGCGUACGACUUUCCCACCGAAUGAGCUGCUGCUGUACCCCUACUGUUACUAUCGAUACUAUCGGAAGCAAUUGGAAGCAACAAUAGGACCCUAAAAACGGUAUUGAAUCCCUGGAGCUACGGGACUAUUUGGAAAAGCUACGGCGUAAGAACACUCAAGCCUAUAUUGAUAUUGAUUAAAUCCAGAGCUGAAGCUGGAGCGCGAAUACGACUCGGUUAGCCUGCAACAACAUCACCGUCGCUGGCGUUGUCUAAUCCAUCGUGCACAACGUUCAUCGAUGAUUAAGUUGAACGGCACCGAUUGAACCCAGACUUCCCACCCAUAUAUAAAGGUUGGUCAUUUCCGCAUAACAUAUUCACAAUGAGUGAGCACGCUUGCGGUAGUAAUGUGGCAAAGGAUGUUCUCGAAGAAAAUAAGAGAAACACUGAUGGAGAGAAAGCCUCUGGCACCGAUGACGAAGUAAGAAUGUCUUGCAAAACUGUUUUUGAUUUAAACGAAGAUGGCUGGAUAAAGUUAAUGGAUUACCUGGACGUAGAAGACCAGCUAAGGCUCGCUUCAUCGCACGUGUGUAUCGGAGAGAUGGUCAAGAGAUGCGCAAGCCAUCGGUACAAAAAUAUUGAUGCAUCGCUCACGAGAAGGAUUGGUGACGAAUAUCUGAAACAAUUGUUGCAGAUCGUUGGUGAGCAUCUGGUUAGCUACGAGUCCAAAUGGGAUUAUAGUUCCAAUGGCGAUCAGCACCUGGGGGUCCUGCGGAGCCACUGUACGAAUCUUACACAAUUGAAAAUGUCCUUUCGACCGGGCAGGCGCGGAUGGGACGAUCUAUACAAGUUAAAAAAGCUCAAAUCCUUGAACGCUUAUCUGGACAUGGAGGAUAUUUUUGUGCCACUACUUGAGCUGGACCGCGAGUACGACUCGGUUAGCCUGCAAAUCAUGGCUGGAGCUCCUGAAGAACACACGAGGAGAACGAGGCAGCUGGAGUUGUCCAAUCCAUCGUGCACAACGAUCAUCGACGGUUCAGUUGAACGGCAUCGAUUCAACGUAGAAAUAUUUUCAAAUUCUGGCGUAGAAUACUUCAACUCUACGGUGCCCUAUGAACAGGUGUGCCAGUUGCCCAAACUGCAUCAUUUGCAGGUGUCUCAUAACGGUUCUUUACGCGACUCGUUCAUCGAAGGGUUGAUGAACAAACGGGGUUCUCCUCUGGAAAGUCUUCCCUUAGUGGAAGAUUGCGACUUGUCGCAGGCACAAGUUCAGCAUUUUUGCAAUAUUUCUACGCUCAAGGAUCUCCGUGUAUCCUGCGACACUACUGCAGGUGAAGAACAUUGUAUAGCUCUACAUAGACAUGUCAAUUACGAACGACACACUUUUGGACCUCCUGAAGGGCCUUCCGCGCCUAAAAGUUCUCAGUUCACGAAAUUGAACUUUGUGCAUAAUGUUCGGAAAGAUCAAACUAUAUUAGAUCCUAUAAACAUUAUUACUGUUUUGUAUGCUAAUCAUUUGGUUAAACUCAUAGAUGGUUAUUUAUUUGAUCCCAUAUUAAUAAACAUAGAACUUGGUGAACGAGAUCAGAACUAGCAAAUCUAUUGCCAAAUACAUACACGUUUUAUAUAGCGGGACUAUAUGAAUAAAUCCACCCGACGACUUAAAAUUGUGAAUUUUGAAUAGGCAAUUUUGAGGUAGAUCAGGCAAAUAAUAUGGCCCCUUGAGGGGACGAACGCCGAGUCAGCUAAAAAAUCAUAUAGAAUCAAAUAGAUUUCAGGGAAAGGGACUUGAAGAUUCGCACUUCAGCUGCACUUGUUGGAUAUUCCCAAGGAAAGAGCGAACUAACAGGAAAACUCUUAAAAUGCACUCCCGCUGUCACUGCAGCUCAAAUAAAACCACAGAAUAUGAAUUUAUUAGUAUUUACAAAAAUUAAUUUAUUUAUCCGUUGAAUUCAACAUGACUUUCAUAGUUUGUUUAGGUGUAUUCCGGUAUGGAUUGUUUAUUGACAUUGAAUCAACGGGGUAUAAGCGUACUUGUGAAAUUGUUUAAAAUCAAAUGAAUAUUGCCUUUAAGAA